GGUUCGCUACUUCAUUUGAAUACAGGCGUCAGUUUGUUUUAAAAAUCUGUAAGUAAAAGUUUCUGUCAAGUAGGCUAGCUUUAAGCAACAUAUUCUGCUGUGUGGAUGGCAAAAUGACAGAAUUCAUCGACCCUGGACCCUGAUGUCGACGAUGGAUGCUUUUUUGCAGUUUGUUGCUAGAUUGUUCCCAAACCCAACUACUUCAAUAAUUGCCAUAGAGGGUUUGAAGAGCCUAGGUGUGGAGACCAUCGAUGACCUUCAGUUUCUGAAAGAACAGGGUGUAGCUGGCUUCCUAAAACCAAUUGAAGCAAGAAAACUAAUUGCCCAAAUCCCAAAUGUUGCUUCCACUCAGCAAAACAGUGCAAAUGAUACAUCUGCUGAAUACACCUCUGAUGCAUCUAGUUCACCUGGUCCUGGAUGCUCCACUUCACCAUCAACCACUUUAACUGGAAGAUGUGACACUAGCUCUGAAACUUUGGUUUCUGACCAUGACUGGCAUUAUGAUUUUGUUAUUCCAUGGGAAAAAAUGCCAACAAGUUUUAUGGGGAAGAUUAAAAGUGGGGAAAGGCCGAGUUGCUCUGAGAGGAGACAGUUGGUUCGCAUUGUUGCUUCUGAAAUCCUGGAAGUCAGUAAAUGUCCAACAAAAAAACAUGUAUCAGAAAUAGCCCGAACAAUUAUUAUUGCAUACCCAAAGUCCUUUAGAGAUGAGAUUAAUUCCCAGAUUGUAGGAAGUGGAUAUGACUCUCUCCUUAAACUAGUCUGUCGAAUUGACAAUUUAAAAAGCAAAAACUUCCACUAG